CGAGUUGUGAUUAUUCAACUCAACCUUUAGAGUUCUACAUCUGCAUUAUGAGGCGAGUCAGCUUGAACAGUUGAUACUAUAUUCAAAGCAUAGUUGAUUGAGGUCAUUCGAGACAAUGAAGAUCACUUCAUGUAAGAAGACAAGAUGAUUAUAAGUAUCUGUUUUCGGAGUCCUCCAUCCUCGCUCAUCAUCCUCAGCUCCUUGCUUGGACCACCUCAAAGACCUUGCUUUUAGUCACUCGCUCAAGAAUCAACUCCGGCCAUUCUGUACUUACAAAACACCUCGCAUCACUCAUUAUAUCGAGCGACUCAGUCACGCCGUCACACUCUUUCCUGCAAAAACAAGAAGCAACAAACAAUGAAGAGCCAACACAUCGCCCUCCCAGGCCUCCAAGCCGCAGCCCUCGCCUUCCUCGGCGCCCGCAGCGCCUCAGCAGCAGCAGCGCCAGCAGGAAAAGUCUUUUGCGCCGACGCCAACAACAAGGUCGUCGCCGACACCAAAUGCGCCGUCGGUCAGGCGCCAGCCCCAAACACCUUCUUCAUGUUCAACAGCGAAGCGGAACACCCCGUCGGGAGCACCGUCGACGAGAGCAAGGUGGACUUGUAUGAUGCCGCCGACAUGAUUGAGCGCCAGAACGCGCGGUUCCCGCCGGAUUACGAGAUGGAGACGGAAGGAUUUGGGAAGAGGCAGGAGUGUGGUGGUGGGAGCAGGGGAGGUUGA